AUGGGCUCCGUGCUUCCCGCCGAUGCUUUGGCACUAAAGUCUGGAUUUAAGUGUCCGAGUCGCUCGCUGUCGGACGUGAUCACCUCGGACAUCCUGCACAGUUUUCUGUACGGCAGGUGGAGGAACGUGCUGGGAGAACACCUGGCGGAGGAGCGCCAGAGCGGCAGCGGCAGCAACCCCAAGACCGCCUUCACCGCCGAGGUGCUGGCCCAGUCCUUCGCUGGAGAGGUGCAGAAGCUGUCCAGCCUGGUGCUGCCCACAGAGGUGAUCAUCGCACAAAGCUCGAUCCCUGGAGAAGGUUUGGGAAUCUUCUCAAAGACCUGGAUCAAAGCUGGGACCGAGAUGGGCCCCUUCACAGGGAGACUCCUGUCCCCUGAACACGUGGACCUGUUCAAGAACAACAACCUGAUGUGGGAGGUGUUCAACGAAGACGGCACAGUGCGUUACUUCAUCGAUGCCAGUCAGGAGGAUCAGCGCAGCUGGAUGACCUACAUCAAAUGCGCCCGGAACGAGCAGGAGCAAAACCUGGAGGUGGUGCAGAUCGGCAGCAGCAUCUUCUACAAGGCCGUGGAGACCAUCCCACCAGACCAGGAGCUGCUCGUCUGGUAUGGAAACACCCACAACACGUUCCUGGGAAUCCCUGGAGUUCCUGGAACAGAUGAAGAACUCCAGAAGAAAAGCAGAAAUGAUGACUCCCACCCCUGUGACGGCCCUUCCUCCUGCUCUCCCUCCUCCUCCUCCUCUUCCUCCUCCGCCCCCUCCACCACCGCCGGUCGGAUGCGCUGCGUCAUCUGCCACCGCGGCUUCAACUCUCGCAGCAACCUGCGCUCCCACAUGCGCAUCCACACGCUGGACAAGCCCUUCGUGUGUCGCUUCUGCAAUCGCCGCUUCAGCCAGUCGUCCACGCUGCGCAACCACGUCCGCCUGCACACCGGCGAGCGGCCCUACAAGUGCCACGUCUGUCAGAGCGCCUACUCGCAGUUGGCGGGCCUCAGGGCGCACCAGAAGAGCGCACGGCACAAGCCGGUGGCGCCCGGCGUGGACGUGCCCUCCCAGGUGUCGCCUCCUCCCCCUCCUCCCCCACAGAUGACCGCCAUGCCCCACCAGAUGCCCCUGGUGCACCACAUCCCCACCAUGGUGCUAUGA